AACGCAUCGACGGUGUUAUCUGCACAACCUCGGUUGUCAAACUGGUGGGCAAGCGUGCAUCCUCAGCAGUACGCCAACAGCGCGGGGACAAAGGCGGUCAAGUGACAACCACCUUGCACGCGAUGCGCGGAGCUCGAAUCGUGGGGGAGGGGAAUGCGAAAGAGUUUUACGUCAGGUAGGGUAUUUUCCAGGGCCGCGCGCGCGAUUUGACGGGGAAGAUAAAAAGGGAAAUCCAGCGCCAGAGAUGAAAAGCUAAAGUUUCUGUGCACGGGGUCGCGGUCGGUGCUACAUCGGGAGCCCUGCAGUACGCUUCCGUAGAAUCCGUCGGGUGAAGUUGCAGUUGGUGCUCACGUGUCGUGCCCGAGAGCUCUUGACACACGCUCAGGCAGGCGCGAGCGCCAGCUGCCGCGGUCGCGAGCCGCUUGCAUCGCCGAGACUCCACUCGCCGCAUAACAGCGUCCGGUGCGGGAUCAAUCCCGUCGCCUGCUCCGAUGGGCCGCCAUUCGUACGCCGUAGCGAGCAUAGCCAACGGACAUGCCACGCCACAGAGGUACUCAAGGGACGAAUCCCCCAAUGGACCGGAGACGACGAUGCCUCGCGAGGUGGUCCUGGACUGCCGCUGUCUUCAGGAUGAGCGGCGCGACGGCGAUCCGGCGCUGCUCAAGGAGCUCACCGAGGACGGCUACGGUCCGCGCGACCGUAUGGUCGGCUGGUCAUGCACCUUCCUUGCGGCCGGAGCGUUUCUGCUCGUAGGCGGGGGUGUCAUGCUAGCGCUCUCACUCACGCUCGAGCCAGAGGUGAACAGCUUGACUGGCUACUACGACGUGCCCACCACACUGCUAGGCGCCGCACUUCUGGGCCUGGCUGCGGCGUUCUUUCUGCUGGCGCUCAUCAAGGGAUGCUGGCAUCGGCACUUGUGAGCGAUCACCUGAACGACUGGACUCAAAUCAAUGGUGAAAAGAAUUUUGUUUGCCUGAGAGCCUUGUGGCACGGCACUCUUCCACGUUCCACGGCACUCUUGUUCCAUCGCUCCUACAGGUCUGUCCAUACGCUGCUCGCUCGAAGGACGGCAAUUUCGUGCCAUCUUUAUACACCAGAGAAAAAAAAAGGUCGCUGACCAUUCCGUGAAGGCUAUGGUAGCACCUUAAGACCUUCAGAACAACAAGAAGCAACAGCGAUUGAAACGCUUGGGUAGCCAGAAGCCUCCACAACAUAGGCUACGCUGCCACGAAGCUCACAAGCAACCAGUUACAGUGGCUCCCUAAGAAAAAGACUUGGCGGUCCCCAGAGCAAGUACUGUAGUGAAAGCGCAAGAAAUGCUGCAGCUAAUUUUGAGCGAAGAUACCACUGCGUUGGCCUCAAUGCGGGCUAUGUGAAGGUGACUGAAAAGCGUGAACAGUGCAAAUGAAAACUGCUGCUGACAUCUGUGUUUGGGUGUGUAUAUGCGUGCGGGCGUAUUUGCAUGGUGACAAACAGGCGAUUUCGCCGAGUGGGCACCAACACGUCCGAACAACACGGGACAUGUAUAGUGUCACAAAAAGUGGAGCUGGCUUCCUGCUGCUUUUCGUUUGAAGGACAAACUGUUUGCUAAUGAUUUUCAUUUUUCUGUCAUCUCAUCAGCAAUGGAAGUCCUGUGGAACUCAUCGCAGUGAUAAAUGUCAUUCAUAAAA